AGCAGUGGUCGCAAUAUAAGGAAUACGAUAGAACACCUAAACCAUUCCCAUCUGAUUCCGCAGCGGUUGUGGCCUCCGCUUUAACAUCUAUCACUAAUUUCCCUGUCAUAACUUAUUACGAUGGUGGAAUAAUAUCAUCUCAUCACCAACAUGUUGACAAAAACGUUCCGUUUGGUGUUAGCAUUGAAACUUUAACUGGGGUUAAAUGGUUGGUCGAAAAUUUAACCGGUAAAACCACCGUUCAAGAAUUAAAGGAACGAAUUCAAGAAAUUGGUUACAUACCUGAUACCAUUUCUCAGCGUUUGAUAUUUAAUGGUCGACACCUUUUAAACUCCAAGAGAUUAGGGGAUUAUGAUAUUAGUCAUGAUAACGUGAUCUAUUUGGAAGUCCGUGGUUCUUUGGAUUCUAUAAAAUUCUUAAAUUCUGAUUUCUUAAAUUCAAUACAUCAUUUGGAUGAAAAACAUCACAAAAAACUUCAAGGAAGAUGUGAUUGGAAAAGAAUUCCUUUAACCCCUUCAUCAACCGAAAAACAUUCGAUAUACAAAACAUGGCCAUACUCUUAUCAUGGAACGUCAACGCGUAAAUCAAAAACGAUCGCGGAUGCUGGAUUGAUUCAUAGUAAACGUCAUAAAUUUAAUUUUGGUCAUGGAAUUUAUACAACCCCUGAUAUUAAUUUAGCUUCAUUAUACUCUCAUACUUUUAUUUAUAAUGGUUCGAAAUAUUUGAUUUUGUUACAAAAUCGUGUUAAUCCAAAGACUUUGGUUAGGUUAUCUUUUAGAAAAGGUGGUGAUGAAUAUUGGGUAUCUCGAAGUGAUGAUGAUUUAAAACCUUAUGGCUUACUUAUAAAAAAGAUUGGUUAUUGUAAAUGA